GUCAUUCCUUCUUCAAUGACUUGCACCGAUUGACUACUUCAGAAACCUCCCUUUCUACUAAAUGCUGUUUCUGUGACUAACCAGGAAACAGGAUCCUCUUCCUGACUCACUAAACUUGAAGCCUGCACAUUGUUUUCGAGUGUGUGGGAGCAUCAUGUGGAGGAAGGCUUCAGCAGCGGCCCUGCUGGCGUUAGCUGUUGGCUACUUCUACCAUGGCGGGCCGGAGCUGCCGGAGCAGAUUCUGCAGUACAUCAACCUGCCAAACUUUCAGACAUCAUCUCAGAACAGCGGGAACAGCCUGGAGCAGGUGAUCUCCGCUGCCUGGGAGACUCUGAUUACUCUGCCGACGCGGCAGUGGAGCAGAGUGGCAGUAGGGGUGAAUGCCUGUGUGGACGUGGUCGUCUCAGGAGUGGGUCUGCUGCAGGCUCUGGCUGUGGAUCCUGGCACCGGCCUGGAUCAUGAAGUGUUGCACUCUAAAGAGGACUUGAGGGAAGCCUUCAUCCACUUCAUGGAGCGUGGAGCAGCUGCUGAGCGCUUCUUUAGCGACAGCGAGGCCUUUCAGAGGAUUGCACGCGCCGCAGCAGAGUACCCCGGUGCGAAGCUGUACGUGGGAGGGAAUGCUGCUCUCAUUGGUCAGAAGCUCGCCACCUACCCUGACCUGAUGGUUUUGUUAUGUGGGCCAGUUGGUCCUAAACUUCAUGAAAUGCUGGAUGAGCAGAUAGUCGUUCCCCCAGAGUCUAUGCAGGAGACGGAUGAAUACCACCUCAUCUUGGAGUAUAAAGCAGGUGAACAGUGGGGUUCAACUCAGGCACCUCAGGCCAAUCGCUUCAUCUUCUCUCAUGAUUUGUCCAACGGGGAGAUGAGCUCACUGGAGACGUUCGUGGCGAGUCUGGAUGAGUUUGAGCCGGACCUUGUCAUCCUGUCGGGGCUCCACAUGAUGGAGGGUCAAGGCAGAGAGCUGUGGGAGGAGCGACUCAAAGAGGCUGUGUUAGCCAUAUCUGACAUUCGUAAAGAUAUUCCCAUCCACCUGGAGCUGGCAAGCAUGACCGAUAAAGACUACAUGAACAGCAUCAUGCAGGAGCAGGUUAUGCCCAUUGUGAGCUCCAUCGGGCUGAAUGAGCAGGAACUGCUCUUCCUCUCUCAGGCUGGUGAGGGGCCUCAUUCAGACUUGGAUUCCUGGAAAGGCAUCCCAGACGUGGGCCAGGUCAGCGACAUCCUCUUCUGGAUCCUGGAGCAGCACGGCCGCAGCGAGCCAUCGUCCGAGGCGGACCUGACUCGCAUUCACUUCCACACACUGGCAUACCACAUCCUGGCUACGGUGGACGGAUACUGGGGGAACCAGGCUGCAGCAGUGAUGGCCGGAGCCCGAGUGGCCAGCAGUCAGGCCUGUGGCCUCCAGUCGGUUGACGUUGGCAAAGUGGAGCUCAAAGCUCCACUAGAGUUUUACAGCUCGCACACUGAGCCACGAGAGAAGCUUUCCCUGAACCCGGCAGCGCCUGUCACCGUGUGGCGCAGAGGAAACGUCGUCUUCCACAUGACAGCCGUGCUGGUGUGCAAACAGCCGCUGCGGACAGUAGGGCUCGGGGAUGCCAUCUCAGCAGAGGGACUAGUUUACUCAGAGUUAAAGACCCAGCAGCCCUUCUGAGGUUUGCUUGACACUCGGGAAGACGUUGAUUGGAAGUGCUGAGAAGAGCCAGUGAAGUUUCACCUGCAGCUGUGGUUGUUGGGUUGGAGUCACAUUUCUAAACUGAUCCAGGUUCUGUGUCUUCCUUCCCGAAGCUCCACUCAGUUAAAGAAUGUGAUUGAUGGCGUUAGUUUUAAAUCCUGCCUGAUGACUCCUCCAGCCUGCUCUGGUCUCCUCUCUUCUCCCUCCUUCAAAUCCUCCAGCAGAACUUUACAGAAGUGGAUCUGACGGAGCUGUGAGGUGGCCUGACUUUAUGCACUGGCUGCGGCUCAAAGCCAUCUUCACAAACUCCAAAGAGUUUUGUUGGCUCACCUAAUUUACUUUGACCUGCAUAUCUUAAUUAUGCUGUGCCUUGAGAAAAUGUAAAAGUUAGAGUAUUUUAUUCAUAUUCUAGAGCCAAACAAAUUAAGGCAUCACAUCAGUUUCCCCUCUGAGACAAACUUAUACACACACAUAUAACAAUCAUGUUGAACUGAAAACUGAUGAGCGUCUCACUAUAUUGUAGAAUCUAAGUGUUAUUCUCGAUGUUCUGUGCUUCUUCAACUUAUGGUGCAUUCAUGUCAAGUAGUCAUUAGAUCACUUGAAAGCUCAUUCUCCUAUGAGUGUCUGACUUCUUAACCUGUAAUAACUGUCAACUAGAUAUACUUGACAUUUUUGUUAUUUGUCUGGAGAGGAUAAGUAUACUAGAAAGUGUUACAAAAUUUGUUUUUUUGUCAGUUUUUGCUUAAACACUCCCAGUGAAAGUAUGAUUAAUUUUGGAAACUUUGCAAAGUAUAAACAACAGUUAUUGUAGGGUAGUAAUCUCUGUUGCUUCUAAAUUCCUGUUGCAGAUUUCGUAUAAUUUUUUAAAACUUUUUUUUUUUACAAAAUACUGUCAGUCUCCCACAUGGUUUUGAAGGGGAUCUUUCUUUAUGCAGUUAAACCUCAGUUUACAAUUAGAUGUCAUCUAAUUAAUGUCAAUGUUAUGUUGGUGAUACAGCAAUUAAAAGGUAAAUGAAAUUUCAAAACAAGGCAUAGGCCGUAUGUUUUCAGGGUUACUGUUUUGUUUAUGGAGGCAAAUAAGAAAUAUAAAUAUCUUAAUUUUACGAGCAACUUAAUACCUAAUAUUGAAAUUUAAACCGCUGAAUUAAUAGCACUGAAAUAUUUUACUCUGAACUGAAUGUAUUGGUUCUUAAUUCACCUAUUUGAAACUUAAAUAUGACAUUUCUUGAAUCACGGUUUUAAAAGUUGAAUUUGAAUAUAUAUAUUUUUAAAAUGUUACAUAUUUAGAUACAAAAAUUAAAAUUUCUGAAUUUCCCAAAAAAAAGAUUCAAGUUGCUCAAUUUUGAUUGGUCGAAUUCAGAUCAGAAAAUCAAGUCAAAAAAUUUCAGAUAGCAAUAUCUUUACCUCGAGCUUGAAGAAAUUCAAACCAACUUAUAGCCAAUCAGAGCACAGCCUGUCAGUCAUAUGAUCAAUGAGAGCAACUUGAAAACUGAAAUCCAAAGAGAGAAAGAUAGUGAGAAGAGAAGAGUCUGAAAAUGUAUUUUUGGAUAUGAAUUUGUAAACAUUGGAAAAUCAAGAAAUUUAUAUUUUAAUCUCCUAGUAAAGAAUUCAGAAAAAAAUAUAGUCAGAUACAUGGUUUUCUCGGUAAAAUACUUCAAUGCUAUGAAUUCAGAAUUCGGUGUUUAAAUUUUAAUGUUAAAUUUUCAGUGGCUGUCAAAAUCUGAAUACGUAUACCUCUUAUUUGCUUCCGUAUUUGUUGCUCUUUCAUUUUCAGGUGUUGCUUUCUCUCUCUGAUGAAAUGUGACUAUGUAACAUGAUUGGCUGGAAAAUCUUAAAAACUGUCCAGUGUAAAAUACUGCAAGCAAAGCUUCCAUCUUUAGAUUCUAGCGUAUAGAUUUAUUAUGCUUUUUCAUGGGUCGUUUAUUAGGGUUUUUUUUCAGAGCUUACUUGGGAACGCCUGUAUCAUGUUAGAUGUUCAGUACGUAACUGUUGGAGCAAUGUAUUUGUAUACCUCACAUGGCCACUAAAGGCAUGCAAUAACUGAGUCUUAAUGCAAACAUACAAGUACACGAUGUAUAGCGUUUCGUUUAACUGAAUUAAUUCUUUGCACUAGUACGAAGUGGCAGGUGCGCCUGCAAAGGUGAAUGUAACCUUAACUCCGAACCCCCCUUUAUUUUUAGCAAGUACAAUCUAUUCAUCCUUAUUCAUUUCAUUGUUUGAGUCUCAUGUUUUUAACACUUUUAACUGUCAACAGGUUUCAUUUACAUGUAGUUUGUCAUUAAAAUAUGUAAGAAGAGUA